AUGGCAAACCACAACGGUCGUGCCAACCCGCCCCUUGAUGCAUCUGACGAGAACAACAGGGCUGCAGUAGCUGCAAAACUCCUGGUCAUUGUUGCAUGGAUCAAGGCACUUCCAGAAGCAUGUGAAGCCAUCUACACCAACAAAGCCCCUGCAUGGUUUGUCGUGGGCAGUGGUGCAAUCAAGAUUCUUAUUGAAGCCAUCCCCUCCUACGUGUGGCUCCACCUAGCAUACCCUCGCCGCGACCUACGCCGGUGCUGCCCUUCCCUCCCUCCGCCGCGAUUGCGCCCUCCUCGCCUGCGAAUCCCACUGCCGCGAGCGCAUCGCCUGCUCCGGCGCCGCCUGCGCAUCUCGCUGCGACGCCUCGUCGCCGCCUCCCCUUCCCCCUGCCGCGACCCCCCCGUCGCCGCCUCCCCCCUCCCGCCGCCGCGCCUUCUUCGGCGCCGCCCGCGCAUCCCUCCUCCGCGACGCCUCCUCAUCGCCUGCCCCUCCCGCUGCCGCGACGUCACGUCGCCGCCUCCCCUUACCGCCUCCGCGACGCCUCGUCAUCGCCUGCCCCUCCCGCUGCCGCGACGUCACGUCGCCGCCUCCCCUUACCGCCGCCGCGCCUUCCUCGGCGCCGCCUGCGCAUCCCGCCGCCGCGACGCCUCGUCGCCGCCUCCCAUCCCGCCGCCGCGACUUCGCGUCGCCGCCUGCACGCCCCGCCGCAGUGACCCGCUCGCCGCCGCCUUCGCAUCCCACCGCCGCGACCCGCUCGUCGCCGCCUGCACGUCCCGCCGCCGCGACGUCGCGUCGCCGCUUGCGCAUCCCGCCGCCACGACCUGCUCGUCGCCGCCUGCACAUCCCGCCGUCGCGACCUACCGUCGCCGCCUGCACCUCCUGCCGCCGCGACCUACUGUCGCCGCCUGUGUAUCCCACCGCCGCGACCUGCUCGUCGCCGCCCGCGCAUCCCGCCGACGCGAUCUACUCGUCGCCGCCCGCGCAUCCCACCGCCGCGACCUACUCGUCGUCGCCCGCGCAUCCCGCCGCUGCGACCUGCUCGUCCCCGCCUGUGCAUCCCGCCACCGCGACCUGUUCGUCGCCGCCUGCCAGUCGCCUCCCCUCCCCGCCGCCGUCGUCGUGCGCCAUCGCCCGCGCAUCCCGCUGCUCCUACUGCCCCACUACCCGGCCGCAAUUUCCGCCGCCGCGACUACACCGCCAGCCGCCCGCGAUUUCCGCUACCGCGACCCUCCCAUCGCCUCCUGCGCUUCCCGCCGCAGCGCCCGCUUACCUACCUUGGAGAUCGCCGCUACCCCGGAGCUCCAGGCUGCCGCCGAUACCACCUUCCUCCACAAUCGCCGCGAGUACCUCAUCCGCAAGGCAGAGCAUGAAGUUGCGCUGCAUCAUCACGAGUUUGCAACAGCAGAGCGCGCCACUCGCCUGGCAUUACUGAAUGAGUAUACCACGGCCAUGGCAGACUACCUCCCCAAGAGCAUCGCAUGGGCCACUGCUGACAACCGCGCCUGCACCAUCCUCCUCAGCGCACUCCCCAACACCCUCAUGCACCGUUUCCAAGCUCGCGAGAUGCACACCUCCCUCAUUUGGGCCAAGCUCCAGGCGAUGUUUGAGUGUCGCGACAUCAGCUCUAUCGGCGCCCUUUUCCAGUACUUCUCGAUCACCCUCGCCACCUGUGACAGCACAGUUGACUACGUGGGGCGCAUGCAGGAGGUCGCUGAUCGCCUUGCGGCACGACAAGCCGCCCUCCCCGAGCCACUGCAAAUCCAUCACCUCCUCUACAACCUCACCCCGGACUACGAGUCCCGCCUCCACACCUUCACUGAGGCCAACCUUAUGGCCGGCCUCGACGACGUGGUCCACUCCCUCAAUGCUACGCAGCCGCGCAACGAGGGUGAUCGCAGCAACAGCAGUGGAGGUCGUAGCGCUGGUGGCGGUGGUGGUGGAGGUCGGGGCGGUGGUGGGGGGGGUGGUGGUGGCCGUGGCCGUGGUGGCCGGGGUGGCGGUGGUGGUGGUGCUGGCAGCACCCCUGCUGGAGGAUCCUCCGGUGCUGGUGGUGCUGUGACUCGAGGCGGUCGCCCUGGAACUCUACCCCCAUGCACGUAUGUGAGCCGCCAUGGUCCCCAUGCUGGUACCCUGUGUGGUCAAACCAACCACCCCCCCACCACAUGCUUCAAGGCGCUCGACGACGCCUGGUUUGAUCGAGGUAACACUGGCACCCCUCCUCGCUGGAACAUUGUCACCCCUCGCCCCUCCUUGGUGGAUGUUCAAACCCUCCCCUCUUUCCUUCCUGCUCACCUCCGCCUGUGUCCCCGACACUUCGGGUAG